AUGCCAACGAAAUUCAAGAAACGAGUCAAAGUUUCAUAUCGGGAUGAUGAAUGGACUGAAAGUAAUGAUGGUAAUUGUCAUGAAAUAUACAUAAUGAAUCAGCAAACAAAAUCCAUGGAUGAGAAUAUUCAUCAUGAUGAACAACAACAAGAAGACCUGAUGGAGAGCUCAUCUCCUCGCUCACAACAUCCUCCCAUCAAAAAACAGAAAGGAUUUAUUCGUUUGGAAGAGAGUAAUCUCGACGAUCAACAUUAUGAUGAUCACCUCACAUUUCCCGAUGAUAUCGUUUUUCAUGUCAUGCAAUUUCUGGGUUCAACAUUCAUUUGGUCGACAUGUGUUAGAGUUUGCAAGCAAUGGUACUCACAAGCAUGUGCCAUUCCUUUAUCGUUGGAUUUUUCAAAAAGAAAGAAACAAAGCAUUCGAUUUGACGUUCAUUAUCUUAAUAACAUGUUGAAUCUUACAAAAUUAGAUUUAAGUUCAUGUAUAAUUAACGAUCAAGACUUGAAAUAUCUUUCGAAUUGUGGCUUUAAAAAUAAUUUGAAAUUUCUUACUUUAUGGCGCAACAAUAUUGGCUCUCGAGGUGCUGGACAUAUAGCAUCUACUAUGAGAAAUUUAACUUAUUUAGACUUGUAUUAUAAUUGCGUCGGUGUGAAAGGAGCCAAAUUGAUAGCUACAAGUGAACAUUUAAAAAAUUUAACAUUUUUAAAUUUAGGUGUUAAUCCAAUCCGAUGUGAAGGAGUUCGAGCACUCUGCUCCAGUCAACACGUGUGUCAAAAUUUAGAGGUUUUAAAGGUUGGAUUUACUUCCUUGGGGAUUGAAGGAGCAAAAUGUAUUUCGAAUUGUGAAAAAUUACAGAACUUGAAUCAAUUAGACAUAUCCAACAACACAUUAGGUGCUGAGGGAGCAAAAUAUAUUUCCACAAGUGUGUACUUGAAGAAUUUGACAUAUUUAUGCAUGAAUGGUAAUGAUAUUGGAGAUGAAGGCGUUAAAUUUAUUGCAACAAGUGAAUGCAUGAAAAAAUUGAAAGAACUUCAUCUGCAGUGUAAUAACGUUGGAGAUCAAGGAGCAAAAUAUCUUUCACAUAGUGAACAUGUGAGAAACAUUAUUGAUCUUGACCUAAGUUCAAACAUGAUUAGCGAUGAUGGUGCAACACGCUUAGGGACAAGUGAGGUUUUAAAGCACUUACAGGUUUUGGACUUGACAAGAAACAAGCUGACAGUGCAUGGAGUAGGAAUUAUACGUCAGCACUUGUCAGAUUUAUUGUAUUUUCAUCAUUAA